AUGCUGUUAUUGUCAAGCAACGUUGCAUAUGUCUUCACACUAUCGAUGAUAACGAGAGCAUACAAACGUCGAACAAAGAAUCCACGAAGAUACGAUUUUAAUCCGCCUGAUUUUACCAUACCGACAUUUCUACUACAACGUGACAAACAACACCUAUCUACGAGCAUAGCAUCCAAUUUGACACAAGAUCGCAACAAUAACUCUACGAUUGAUUGGAUUGCAACGAAUACAACGAUGUCGUGGUCGUUCCUGACGACGUAUAGUUCAAAGUCAAGUGUUCUACAAAAUACUACCACGAAUGGCUAUUAUCGUUUAGCUAGUCAAUCGAUGCAAGCAUUUUUCAAUUCGUUCAUGUCUUUUCUAGGCUUACACGAAUCAUCACAUUUAUGGAAAUAUAUACUUUAUUUUACAUUUAUUUGUGUUUUGUUAUCUAUACUUCGAAUGAUCAUUCGUCAUCUGACUGCUUUCUAUCGUACUUAUUUUCAA